AUGAUGAGGCUAUUCCGGCAGGUUUUCACAGCUCUAAGAGAGCACAGCCACGUGAGUUACGCUAAGAUUGCUACGGUAACUGGCUUUUGCGACGUUGAGUUAAUCAUCAUAAAAGCCACAGCUCCAGACGACUUACCCUUACCCGAAAAAUACAUUCAUGAGCUCUUAAAAAUCUUCUCCAUUUCUCCAUCUUCAUUCCGAGAGUUUUCACUCGGUUUUACUCACCGUUUUUCCAAGACUCGGUGCUGGCGUGUUGCUCUCAAAUGUCUACUUCUCCUUCACAGACUGCUCAGGUCAGUCCCCGAGGAUAGCCCAUUUCUAUCAGAGAUACUUUGGACUCGAACCAACGGCUUGAUAACUCUCUACCCAUGUCACUUCCGGGAUGAUUCGUCUUUUGCCUCUGAUGACUACACUGCUUUUAUCAGAUCCUACGCUCAACUACUAGACGAAGUUCUCAAUUGCUUUGUCCUUGAUAAGAACGCGAAAGAUUAUCAAGAUGAUGAAGUAGUUCCCGAAACUUUACCUGAAAAGAUGAAGGAAGUUGGAAGAAUGCUUCAAAUUUUGCCUGAGCUCCAGAGUUUAAUUGAUCGUGUAAUGGACUGCAGGCCUACAGGGUUGGCAGCACGAAGCUUCAUUGUCCGGUCGGCUAUGAAACAUAUUAUUCGCGACAGUUUCAUUUGUUACACAAUGUUCCGAAGGAAGAUUGUUGCAGUGUUGGACAAUCUUUUCCACAUGCCAUACCGUAGUUGUAUAUCAGCUUUUGGUGUCUACAAGAAAGCAGCAGUCCAAGCAAACCAGCUUAUCACUUGGCAAAAACAACUUCUAAAGCAAGAAUGGAACUUUUGUCAUUGUAAUGUAUGGAGAAAUGAAGACCCAAACAAGAUGGAUUACGCAACCUGGCCCUUAGAAAUCACUCCAAACAAGGUAGAAAACGGCAGGUAG